UUUAAAUGCAUACAUAAUGCAUGUAUGUAUAAAUGUUGUUUACAUUAGUACUUUUCCUAUAAACAAUCAAAAGAUUUUGCAAUGGGAGAUUAUAAUUUGAACAUACAAAAUGAAGAAGGUAAAUCGGAAUCAUUAGAGGACAAAAAAAAUAAAUGGGUUAAAAGUAACAUAUUAAUACCAAAUGAAAAUGGUGAACUCUAUCCAACUAAUGCAUUUGGAAAGGUUAAUUUUAAAGGUGCAACUAGAAGAGCAACAGCUAAAUUUGCUAGAAUUGGUGCAAAUGAAUCUGGAAAGAAAAUUUUUGAACUCUUAACAAAUAUUAUGGAGUUAGAACAGCCUCGUUUGUUGAUAUCUAUCACUGGUGGAGCAAAAAGUUUUAGUUUAAGUCCAACACUAAAAAGUCAAUUAACUUCUGGACUUGUAAAGGUUGCACAAACUCCUGGAGCCUGGGUCAUAACUGGUGGCACAAAUACUGGAGUAAUGAAACAAGUAGGAGAAGCAUUGCAAGGGACAACAAAAGCAUGCAUUGGAAUUUCAACAUGGGGAAUUAUUACCAAUGCAGAAAAACUUAUUGCUGAGGAAAGCGAGUUUGGUGGAGUAGUUGAUUAUCAAGUUGCAUGUAGUUUGGUUCAGAGAGGUGCAUUUUUAGAUCAUAAUCACACACAUCAUUUAAUGGUUGAUGAUGGUUCUGUUGGAAAGUAUGGUAAAGAAAUACCUGUAAGGUCAAGAGUUGAGGAAUAUAUUAUGAGAGAAGUUAAUGUACCUUCUGUCCUAAUGGUAGUAGAAGGAGGGCCAGGAACACUUGACACUGUUCUUGGAGCUUUAACAAAUGAACCACCACUGUCAGUUGUUGUGAUUGUUGGCAGUGGUCGUGCAGCUGAUUUGUUAGCUUAUGCUUACAAUAGGGUUGUGGAUAUAGAUGCUAUUUAUGAAACCUGUGACAAAUUAUUGUUCAAUAAAGUAGUGGACCUUCUUCCAGAAUUGAAAUCUCAACCUAAAGAAAGACAAAUGACUUUUUAUAGAGUUGUUUUAGACUGCAUGAGAAAGAAAGAUUUUAUCACCUUGUUUGAAAUGUCAAAAAAAAGUGGUGUUGAUGAGGCAGUUCUAAAAGCACUUUUAACAGGAGGUAGACAACUACCAUUAUUUGAGCAGCUAAAGCUGACUUUGUUAUGGGAUCGAUCUGAUCUUGCAAAAGAUUGUUUAUCUGCAUCAACUGAUGCCUCAGAAAAAGAUUUAAAUUCUGCUAUGAUCAUGGCUUUAGCAAUGGAUCGUGUUGAAUUUGUUAAGUUAUUUCUUAACUAUGGAAUCAGUAUCCAGUCUUUACUUUCCCCAGAUGUCCUUCAGUUUCUGUAUGGUUAUCGUUGCAAGAAGCCAUUGUCUGUUCUUAAUCAUUUAACUACAAAGAAAAACUUUACAGCAGCCCGUGGAGAUUAUUUAGAUGUAAUGGUAACAUUAUGUAGUUAUGACAAAUAUGAUCCUAACAAUAUUUCUUUGUCAUUAAACAAAGUAAAAAAGAUUGUCAAUGCAGCUUGUUCAAUAUUCAUGAGACAAGAAACUGAUCAGUUCAUAGAGGGAAACAAAGGACAGAGUAGUUUUCAGUAUCCAUAUAAAGAACUUUUUUUUUUUGCUUUGCUCUCCAAUAUGUUUGAAAUGGCUUACUAUGUAUGGAGCUUCGAAGAGGAAAGUUUAUUAAAAUCUUUUUUUGGCAUUGCAAUCAGCAGUUAUUUAGAAGAGAUGUCAAACAAAUUUGAUCUUCCUGAUGACGUUACGGUUGUCAUUGGUUUAAAUCAAGUAAAGUUUCGCCAACUUUGUUUAGAUAUGUUAGAUCAAUGUUUUAAAACAAACAAAGAAUUAACAGAAAAACUUAUUACCAACAGCUCAUCCCAGUUCAACUCGCAUACUUGUUUGACUUUAGCUGUAUUGAGCGAUCAUAAAUAUUUUAUUGCUCACAAUGCUGUUCAGACUAUUUUAAACGAUGUCUGGGAUGGACCUAUUAAAGAUUCAGAAAUUUCUCGUCUAAGUUAUUUGAUAGCAUUCUUUUUUCCUCCCUAUAUUUGCACAUUUAAAUUCAAAAACACUGAUUAUGAAUCAGUAGACAGUGAUGUUUAUAAUUUACCAUUAACAAAUGAAAGUAGUGAUGCUGUUAAAAACGAAGAAACAAGUUUAGUUGAAAAGGAUACUUCAAAAUUAAUGAAAAGCAACUCAGUGUUUUAUGAUUCAAUUACAACACCACAAGAGACACCAGCAGAAAUGAAAUUAUCACCCUUCAAAAAGAUGUGGCUGUUUUACUUUAAUACACCUGUUGUAAAGUUUAUGUCAAAUUUAUUUGGCUAUUUGAUAUUUCUGGUUUUUUUUGGAUAUGUUGCAAUGCUUAAAAAAGACACUACUAAACCAUCAAUAGCAGAAUGGAUUUUAGUUGUAUACAUUGGUUCAUUGACAAUUGAAGAAUUGCGUCAAGUUAUACAAGAUGAAGCAUUAACAGCCAAAAAAAAAUUUUUAAAUUGGUGGUCAAGCUAUUGGAAUAGAUUGGAUGCAGCAGCACUUAUAGUUUUUUAUGUUGCACUUGCUCUUCGUUUUAGUCAAACAACAUUACCUGCUGCACAUGUUUUGUAUGCCAUAGAUGCAGGGAUGUGGGUGAUACGAUUGUUGAAUGUUUAUUAUGUAGAUAUUGCAUUGGGUCCUUAUGUUAUCAUGAUAUCAAAAAUGUUUAAAGAUAUGGUAAACUUUAUGUUGAUAUUGUUUGUAUUUCUUGUGGCAUACGGUAUUUCUGCAGCAUCGAUAUUAGUACCACAAGAUGCUGGGUUUGAUAUGAUUAUAAAUGCAUUCUUUCAUCCAUAUUUUAAUAUAUAUGGUGAAUUGUUUGUUGAUCGAGAUCCUGGAGAUGCUAAUAAAACACGUUUUGGAACACCUCAAACAAAUAAUUAUUCUGAACCCAUUGCUUGGGUUCUUCUCGGAUGUUACUUAUUGGUUGCAAAUGUUUUGCUCCUAAAUCUUUUGAUUGCAAUUUUUAACAACACUUUUGAAGAAGUGCAAGCUAAUGCUGAUACAAUUUGGAAGUUUGAGCGCUUUAAUUUGGUUUUGGAGUACGCUAACCGACCUCCACUUAUUCCUCCAUUUAUACUUUUAUGUCAUUUAUACAUGUUAGGAAAUUAUUUAAAUAGUUUGAUUCGUCGAAAGCCUUAUCAACAAUCAGAGAAGGAAUUAAAACGUACGUUGUUAGAAAAAGACCUAGAUGAAGUUAGCGAGUUUGAAAACGAAUGUAAAUCUUAUCUACUGAGAAAGAUGGACGAGGAUGCUGCAAACCAGGAAUUAAAUUAGUUUUAUUUUAUUACUUUUUUUUAUUUGUAAAUAUAUUUAGCAUCACUUAAACAAACAUUUAUAAAAAUAGGGUACAGUUAUUAGGAUUUAUUAAAUACGAGCAAUCAGUUUACGCACAAACACACAUGCGCGCGUGUAAACACAAGCAGUUAAUUACAUUUAUUAAACUAAAAUAUAUAAUUGUUUGUUUAUGGAUAAGUUAUUUUUUUUGUAGUCGUUGUUGUUAAUAUUGUUAACAUUUCUAUUUUUUUUUUUAUACAAAUGGUAUAUUUCUAAUUUUUUUUUGAUACACAUGGUAGUAUUGUUAAAUUUAUUUUAUAUAUUUCAUUAUUUUUGUAACUGUUUUGCGGUAUCUAAAUUUAUUUUGACAUUUAUGUUGUAUUUUUAUAACUUUUUAUGAUUUAUAGUUUUUGAAAGAAAAUAAUUUGAUGUUUAUGUAAUUGAUUUGUUUUGACAGUUGUAUUUUAUUACAUUAUAGUUUUAUUGUUUUGUGUAAUCGAUUUAUUUUGACAGUUAGAUUUUGUUACAUUA